AGAAAGAAAGAAAGAAAGAAAGAAAGAAAGAAACGAGACUUACAAGAAAGGCAGCCAACGAGCCAAAUACAAGAGACAUCUUGUAACGUCUAACGAUGUGUGUCUGCAGGCAGCUGGAGUGGGACGGCGAGGACCAGCUGGACUUGUGCAGUCUUUCGGGGAGCGAGGGGACCAGCCCUAAAAGCAGCCGGAAACACUUCAUCGAGGUGAUGAUGAGCAGCUCCCCUCAGGUGAGGCGCAGCAUGGUGCUCCGCAGUUCCGUCCACCUGUCCUCCAGGAGCGACAGCGACUCCGUGUCACUCGUCUCCUGCAACCUGGACGACGACAGGGCCUCGGUGACUCUGGACCCGCUGGAGCACGAAUGGAUGAUGUGCGCCUCAGACGGGGAGUGGGGCGGCUUGCACCACCUCCUCACCAUAGAGCCCAGCCUCAUCCUGAGGAAGGAUUUCGUCACCGGUUUCACGUGCCUGCACUGGGCCGCCAAGCACGGUAAGCCAGAGCUCAUCGCGCUCAUCAUCAACUUCGCCAAGCAGCACAACGUUCCCGUCAGUGUGGACGUUCGCUCCAACACGGGCUACACGCCGCUGCACAUCGCCGCCAUGCACAACCACAUGGAGGUGGUGAAGCUUUUGGUGGGCGCCUACAACGCCGACGUGGAGAUCAGAGACUACAGCGGCAGGAAGGCCUGCCAGUACCUCACCGAUAAUGUCAGCGUGGACAUACGGGACAUCAUUGGAGUGUAUGACCGUUCCGAGUCAGAGAACGCAGACUGCAGUGACGGGGGCCGCUGGAGGUUCUCCAAGGUUCUCCAGACCAACCUGAAGCCCCUCAGACUCCUCAGCCCCAACGACUGCGACGCCGUGGACGGGGAGGUGCACCUUAGAGAGAAACCGCUCAGGAGGAAGUCCUCGUUCAGCAGGAUGAAGCCCAAACUGCAGCGGCUGCGCGUGAGAACAUCGCAGAUCGUCCACAGCACCACGUUCAGGGACACCGAGGAGCUGGAGGGGUCUGUGGGCGGCUCUUUUAAGGCUAGACCCAAGACUCAUUUCUUCUGGUGAGACCAGCACAGACAGGGGACAGUGUGCAAGGGCGUCAGCACGGAAUGUUUACAGAAACGUGGAAGACCAGAUUAAGGACUUAACCCUUUCAAACCUGAGCAAAUUGACUUGUUUUCUUUUGAAAACAUUUUAAAAAAGCUUUGAAAACUUUUUUUCCCUUAAAAAUGUCCCUCGCUUUUUUCCCCAUCGACAUUUUCUCCCGUUUUCAU